GACUUAACUGCUCAUCUUUCACGACGUCAGGCCGCAGUGGCUCGUUGCUUACGCCAGGGCCUACGGCUAACUAAUGCUGCGCGUGAACUCAAGCUUGGGAACACACAAGGACAUUACGCCCCAACUACAUUUUCCUCUUCAGAUGCGGAAAAUGCGGCUAAUGCAUUCGCAGCAGCUUCGUUGUCUUCUAUCUUGGCGGACUGCCCGGAGAGCCAAAUAACCGAACUGCUCAACUUUGAUGUGCCUGGAACCAGGCACCAGAUGCGAUUUCUGGCAACGCAGUGGAAUCAUCUGAGGCGGGCUACCUAUAAGAUGGGCCGAUGCCUAGCUCUCCGUCUUUUUAGCAGACAGGAAGCUCUCCUUAAUGCGGUAGGCAUACACCUGCAGCGUCUUGAAGAAGAGAAGUGA